AUGGAUGACUGUUUUUCAUGUCCAGAAGAUCAGUAUCCAAACAAGGAUCAGAAUUCAUGUCUUCCAAAAAUUGUAACGUUCCUAACAUAUGAAGAAUCACUGGGGACCUCCUUAGCCAUUUGUUCUCUUACGUCUUCUUUUAUUGUAUUGUUGGUUCUGAGUAUCUUCAUUAAAUACCAGGACACUCCCAUUGUCAAGGCCAACAACCGAAAUCUCACCUACAUCCUUCUCAUGUCCCUUCUGCUUUCAUUCCUUUGUGCUUUACUGUUUAUUGGCAAACCACAUAAAGUGAUAUGUGUCCUACGACAAAGUACUUUUGGUAUAAUAUUUACUGCAGCUGUAUCAUGCGUGUUAGCAAAAACCACCAUCGUGAUUUUAGCUUUCAUGGCCACCCAGCCAAAGUCUACCAUGAGGAAAUGGGUGGGGAAAAGGUUGGCCAUUUCCAUUGUACUUUUCUGCUCUUUCAUUCAAAUAGUUCUUUGUACUGUUUGGCUGUUGACUUCUCCCCCAUUCCCUGAUUUCAACAUGCACUUAAUGGCAGAAGAAAUUGUUCUGGAAUGUAAUGAAAACUCCUUUGUCAUGUUCUACUGUGUCUUGGGCUUCAUGUUCCUCUUAGCCCUUGUCAGCUUUACUGUAGCUUUCUUUGCCAGGAAACUACCAGACUCUUUUAACGAAGCCAAAUUUAUCACCUUCAGCAUGUUGAUUUUCUGCAGUGUCUGGCUCUCCUUUGUUCCUAGUUAUCUGACCACAGGGGGAAAACAUAUGGUGGCUGUGGAGAUCUUCUCCAUUAUAACAUCCAGUGGGGGGCUCCUGGUAUGCAUCUUUUUCCCUAAAUGCUAUAUCAUCAUAUUGAGGCCUGAACUGAAUAACAAGCAACAACUAAGACAAAGAAAAAUCUGAAAAAUGUAGAAUUAUAUUGCUUCUUUUAAUUUAGCCAAGUGAAAUCAUUAAGGCCCCAACUGAAUAUCUAUAAGCCUUUCCCAUCUGUACCAGUUACAAUUGCAACAUCUGCAACUUUCCAUCUGAUUUUAAGAUUGGAGAACUGGCUCCAUUUUUAAUGUUUUAUGGUAUGCCUCACCCAGAGUUGUAUAGAUGGUUGAUAUAAAGUUAUGUUAAAUAAAUAAAAAAUAAAUAAAUCUCAAAAUAGAAUCAAGUCUGUGAUUUCCAUGAAAAGGGCAAACUCUUGAAUGUUAAGAAAUGCCAUGUAAGCUCAUCUCUCCCCUGUGCAUCAUUAACAUUCUGGAGUUUAAUUUUGGUCAAUGCUUCUCUAACAUCAUCAAACGAUUUCCAAUUCCUGAAAGACACCACACAUCUUUGAGCUUUUACGUGCUUAAAGAAUUAUUUUUAGAUUUCUGA